AUAUAAUUCACUAGUUUUUUGGAUGUGAACUUAUAGGAAAACUACAACUGAAAAUAACUGAGUAAAUUAAACUGCUCCUCAAAUAUUAUUAGCGUAAUGAUAAGUUCAAAUGCUAUAGUAUUAUUGGGCGCCCACCAAUACAAGACAUUGAUGUUUUAAUUUUUAGUGUAAAAUGAGAGUAACCAAUGCUUGCAAAAUUUGAAUAAAGAUGAGAUGAGAUGAGUCCUAUCCAAGUCUUGUGUGGUAAUAAACUCUCCUUAAUACUUGUGGAGCUGAAAAAAGCUUCAACACCAACCUCAAAGCUCAAUGCUUAAGAGUGAAUAAGAAAUCCAGGCACUCUAUGGUUGCCACGUGGCAGCAUAGUAAUCUUCAUUGUGUGGACAUGAUGGCUUCUAUGACCAAUCCUAUUGUUACACCCUAUCAAUUAAUCAGCUAUUAUAAGUGUCUCAAUUUGAUCACAAGCUUGCAUAGAAUAAUUUGCUUCAAUUUCAACUACUUCCUCCUUCUAGCACCAAUCAGAGGAUAUCCAUGGCUGCCUCAGUUUCUACUGUAGGAGCUGUCAAAACUCCUAUGAGCUUGAAUGGCUCAGUAGUAUCAGGACCAUCAGUUUCCAAUUCAGCUUUCUUCGGCACAAGCUUGAAGAAGAUUACCUCAAGAAUUCCAAACUCCAAGGUUUCUUCUGGAAGCUUCAAAGUUUAUGCUGCUAAAGAGAUUGAUGAGUCGAAACAGACAGAUGGAGACAGAUGGAGAGGUUUGGCCUAUGAUACUUCAGAUGAUCAACAAGAUAUCACAAGAGGAAAGGGUAUGGUUGAUUCAGUUUUCCAAGCACCAGCAGAUGCUGGAACUCAUUAUGCAGUCAUGAGUUCUUAUGAGUACCUUAGUACUGGACUUAAAACGUACGACUUUGACAACACUAUGGAUGGUUUUUACAUUGCUCCUGCUUUUAUGGACAAGCUUGUUGUUCACAUCACCAAGAAUUUCUUGAAGUUGCCUAACAUCAAGGUUCCUCUCAUUCUUGGUGUCUGGGGAGGAAAAGGACAGGGAAAAUCUUUCCAAGCUGAACUUGUCUUUGCCAAGAUGGGAAUCAACCCCAUCAUGAUGAGUGCUGGAGAGCUUGAAAGUGGAAAUGCAGGAGAGCCAGCAAAAUUGAUCAGACAGAGAUACCGUGAAGCUUCUGACAUAAUCAGGAAGGGAAAGAUGUGUUGUCUGUUCAUCAACGAUCUUGAUGCAGGAGCAGGUCGUAUGGGUGGAACCACUCAAUACACUGUCAACAACCAGAUGGUUAAUGCAACACUCAUGAACAUUGCUGAUGCCCCCACAAAUGUCCAACUCCCCGGUAUGUACAACAAGGAAGAGAACGCUCGUGUUCCCAUCAUUGUCACUGGUAACGAUUUCUCAACACUUUAUGCUCCUCUCAUUCGUGACGGACGUAUGGAGAAGUUCUACUGGGCUCCUACUAGGGAAGACCGUAUUGGUGUCUGCACCGGAAUUUUCCGUCAUGACAAAAUCGAAAAAGACGACAUUGUCAAGCUUGUUGACACCUUCCCUGGCCAAUCCAUCGAUUUCUUCGGUGCAUUGAGGGCUAGAGUGUACGAUGACGAAGUGAGGAAGUGGAUUUCUGGUGUUGGUGUUGAAACCAUUGGAAAGAAGCUUGUGAACUCAAAGGAAGGACCACCAACAUUUGAUCAACCAGCAAUGACACUAGAAAAGCUGUUGGAGUAUGGUAACUUGCUUGUCCAAGAACAAGAUAAUGUGAAGAGAGUCCAAUUGGCUGACAAGUAUAUGAGUGAGGCUGCUCUUGGUGAUGCUAAUCAAGAUGCCAUUAAAAGGGGUGUUUUCUAAACUGGAGAGUCUUAAACUAUAGGCCUUUGUUGGAGGUAUGACAUGUUCCUGUUCUUGAUCAAAAUGCCUCAAACUUCAAUCCAACUACUAGAAGUUUGUGCUUACAAUAUUCUCAAUGUAUUAUUAGGUGGAAAGAAGAGAUUCCAAGUUUGAGAUAAUUUUAUUAUUAUUUUUCUUUUUGGAGUGUCUUAUUCCUGUGUAAUUUUGUUAUAUGUACAAUGUUAAAUUGAAUUUGGUGCAUUUCUCUUUCUA